AUCUCUUGUGAACCUCCACUCCAUAAAUACCUCUUUAUCUCACUGCUGCUCACCUCCUUCUCUUUGUCCUCUAUCUUUCUGAUCACACACCUUAUAAUUUGAUGAUCAUGGGAUACAAGCCUGCAUGGUUGGAAGCACUAUACAGAGAGAAGUUCUUUGUGGGAUGUUCGUACCAUGAGAAGGCGAAGAAGAACGAGAAGAACGUGUGCUGCUUGGAUUGCUGCAUAAGCAUAUGUCCACACUGCUUCCCUUCUCACCGCUUCCAUAGGCUUCUUCAGGUUCGCCGUUACGUUUACCAUGACGUCGUCAGAUUAGAAGAUCUUCAGAAACUCAUUGACUGCUCCAACGUCCAACCUUACACCAUUAACAGCGCCAAAGUUGUCUUCAUCAAGAACAGGCCUCAGAACCGCCAAUUCAAAUCCUCCGGCAAUUACUGCACUUCCUGUGACCGUAGCCUUCAAGAGCCUUUUAUUCAUUGCUCUCUUUCAUGCAAGGUGGAAUUUGUGCUGAAACACUACAAGGAUCUAUCACCAUACUUAAGGACAUGCAAGACCCUACAGCUAGGUCCAGACUUCUUGAUCCCACAAAUUCAGGAGAUGGGGGAGGAGGAGAUGACAACUACUGGAGGUUCAUCAUCAACAAUUGUGGACAGUGAUGAGCCAAUGAGUUCUUGCUAUUCAUGGGGUUCGUCAUCAGGAUCAGAGAACAUGAGCAUGGGUUGCAGUACUGAUCAGAACAUAGUGAGGAAGAAGAGGAGUGGAUGGAAGGUGUGUGCAAGGCUAAUGACAAAUUCCAGCACCAACAAAGUUUCGGAUGAAGACAUGGCCACCAGUAUCAGUAGGAGAAAAGGCAUUCCUCAUAGAUCUCCUCUAUGUUAAUUAGUUUCUUUUAAUUACCACUUUUAUGCCCCAACAAUAAUGGGGAAUAAUUAAAGAGAUUACUUCUAAUUACUAGUAUUAAUUUUAUGAUAUCAUAAUUUUGACUCGACUACUCAUGUUGUUCAAACUCUCGAGAAAUUGAAGUGUUUUUUUUUUAAUCA